AUGUCCGAAUUGGUGAGGUCGUUGGUGCUGAAGCCGGACAUCUCAAAGCCUAGAUGGGAUCAGAGCACUUUCGAGGGCAGGUCUAGGCACUUUUUUGCCAUAACCAACCCUCUGAAUCUCUUCAACACCAACGCGCAGCUAAAAAGAUACAAGCGGAUAGUUGACGAUUACAGGAAAGGUGAAGCACCAGAAAAUUUGACUGUGAAUGAAUUAUGGAAAGCGAAACACGUGGUCGACUCCGCCUUUCAUCCUACUACUGGAGAAAAAAUGUUCAUCAUUGGAAGGAUGUCGGCGCAAGUACCGAUGAACAUGGCGAUUACGGGUGGAAUGCUAACAUUUUACAAGUAG